UCAGAAAUCACACCAAUCACAACCUAUACAACACAACAGGCCGCCUCUACCGUUAUAAAGUGCGUCUUCCUCUUCCUCUCCUUUUCUCCCAUCCAAAGGACUCCCCUUGAUUUUCACUUUCACAAAGACACAACCAACCACUCUUGUUUUAUCAUCCCAAAAUCUCCCACUUGCUCUCUCCCCAUCUCUCUUGAGAACUAAAGAAACCCAGCUCCAGAACACAGGGAAACUAUAAUUCCUCCCCGCAAAUUUAAGCAAAUAUAGCUCCAAAAUGCAAGCCAGAAGUCCUCUAAUCACCCUCUCUCCAAGCUCUCCAAGCUUCAACUCCUAUUCUUCAAGCAAGCUAGCAGAAAUUGCAGCAAGAGUCGUCCUGGAAUUCACUAGCGAAUCAGACCAACCAGAGGACUCUAACAACAACAUUUUCUCUUGGCGAGUGCAUGAAGGGGAAGAAAACAACCACCCCCAGAACGACAACGAAUUGGGCGAAAACGACCACGAGGAGGAGGAGGACGACGACGACGACUUCGAGUUUGCAGUUCUAAGCAAGCCAGAACCACAAUUCUCUCCAAUUUCAGCUGAUGAUAUCUUUUACAACGGCCAAAUCAGACCCUUCUAUCCCUUAUUUAACACCAAGUUACUCUUAGACGACCAAGAAUCCCUACCCAAAUCCAAGACUGCAACCAACACUCAGGAUAACAAGAAACCAAAUAGAUUACCCCUCAAGAAGCUCUUCUACGAGGACCGUGAAACGUUUUCUUGUUCUUCAUCGGAAGCUGACGAUAUAGACAGUGCAGAACCUGGGACUUACUGUGUGUGGACAGCAAAGAAGGAAGAGGGAUCUCUAGGGAGCUGCAAGAAGAGCAGCUCUACCGGGUCUAAUUCAAAGAGAUGGAAGUUUAAAGACUUGCUGCACAGGAGCAAUAGCGAUGGUAAAGACACUUUUGUGUUCUUGACGCCUAAUAGCAAGAAGAGUGGCGGCCAUAAGAGAUUUGGUAGUGAUGAUCAUGACGGUAAAAAUAAUAAUAAAAAUAUUAAUAAAGAGAGUACAGAGAAAAGGAAAGAAGUGAAAGGAGCCGGAAGUUUAUUUCAACUUCAACAACAGUACUAUGUGAAGGGUAAAGAAGGUGAUAAACGCCGGUCGUAUUUGCCUUACCGGCCAGAUUUGGUGGGUUUUAUGUCUAACGUUAAAGGGGUGGGCAGGAAUAUUCAUCCAUUUUGAGAGGUGGAGGGUUUUUUUUUUUUUCAAAACAAAAGGUUUUGGGUGUAUUUAUUGUAAUGAUUUUAUUAAUUUUUUGGGUUUUUUUAUUAGCGAAUCAUGAUUUCUAGUGUUUAUAGCAAUGAGGGAUUUCAAUUUGGUGUACAUACAAUUAAGGUGUUGUGAUAGAUAUCUUUCUUGUAUAUAUUAAAUUCAAUCGUUUUUAUUUGUUUGAUAUCA